AUGGCGCCACCUCCAAACAACAAUCUAGCAGCAUCCAAGCUGUCUACCCUAAACCCAACCCCCGCCAUCACGAGGUCAAUUACCCCAGACUCCAUACUUCGCGAAAAAGACUCCCAGGUGUCGAUCAUCUUUGGCAAUAUCACCGAUGCCACCGAUGCCACCAAUGCCCAAAUCCGCGACUACCAAUGCCAAGUCAAAGCAACGCUCACAAACAUCCUCAACGACGAGCGAGUGAAGCACGACCCCAGCGGAAGCCGCUAUGUGCAGGAGAGACUGUUGGAAAACGAGCAAGACAUGCGGAAGCAACGAAGACAUUCGCUCGAAACCUGUACUGCGAAGCGGACCAUGUUGUUUUAA